GUGCCUUACAGGUAGUUAACCUUCCGGGACUAUAUCAAUCGGUCAGAGCCGGUCCCGUCCCCGUACAUAUGUCGUGACCAAGUAUCCACCUCAUAAAGGCUUAGUGCGAUUGCAUACCGCCGCUGUCUGCCUAGAAUUAGGCCACGUAUUGCAGGGUCGUGGUACCAUAGGACAGAAGAGUUUUAUAAUAGACUUUUAAACUAGACAUAACCUAACGCUGGAUGUCUUAACUUGCACUCCUUGGUGUAGACUCUUCUUAUUGUGUUCGUUCGAAUUCAAGUAGUGCGUUACUGUCAGUUACCCUAUACACUUCCAUACAAUGCCAACUCCUACGGUGAAACUCUUCUCUCAACAGGAACAUGGCCACCUAUUACCGGCCAUCGCUGCUAUCCAUGCGGCUUGUAUUGUCCAUGACCAAACUCUCGCCACGUUCCUCCCGCCGCUAAAGGGCUCAAAAAUCCAGAAAUACUGGGAGGACAUAGCAAGAGAGACUGAGUUGGGAACACGGUUUAUUAGCAUUUUGCUUAACGAGUCUGAGCCGGGCAUCAAGGCCAAUGAGCUCGAGGUUGUAGGAGUUGUUACGCUAAGCAUGCCAUUCAGCGAAACAGGGUCUUUCCGUGGAUUCGUGGAGAAGCUUUUUGUUAGCCCUAUUUAUCGAGGGAGAGGUGGAGCUAGAGCUCUAAUGUCUCACCUAGAAGCCGAAGCAUUGAAGAGAGGCAAGACCUUAAUGUUACUAGACACAGAAAUUGGGAGCCAAGCCGAGAAAGUAUAUCCGAAACUAGGGUAUACGGAGAUGGGCAGGAUCCCUAGGUACGGCAUCAGCCCCGUAGGAGGACUAAGAGACGAGGUGUUCUAUUACAAACAUCUACAAUAAAAAAAAGGAUUUACCUAGUUGAUGAGUUGCCCCUUUUUCGGGUGCCUUAUGAACCUAGGUAAAAUAUUGUGUCUUGACACUUGCCUAAGCCAGUGCAUUUCACAUCCACGGGAUCUAAAUCUUAGGCUCGGACGAUCCGAGUUGGCUAGUUGUUUAGCAUUGAGUCGUCGAAACUACCUAUUAGGUAGAAUCUAGAGACCCUCGCUAAAAGCAUAGACCGGGAUUCGCCAAGGAAAGUCCCUCAAUGCCGUUGAUGAUCACAAAAGUUAGACACUACGUAGAAACCAGUGAUAACUCAACCGUUAUAAC